GGGUCGCGCUGGGCCGGGCUUGCCGCGGUAGUGCCGCAGCGCGAGACUCUGGGAUCGGCCUCGCGCCCAGGCCUUCCCGCGCCUCCUGGUCCAGGGUGAAGCCCUCGGCGCGUGCCACUCCCGGACCCUGCAGGGUAAAAUAAUGUCACAUUUUAGCAUUUGUACCUGAAGGCAGCAAGCAGAUUUCAGGCCACAUGGAUGAAUGCCAGCUUCUACAUUUCCCGUGUGUAUCCUGUGACCAUUCUAUCUGGGAACAUCCUUCAAAGAGUUCUUGCGUCUUACUGAGGACACCUGACCUUUUGAAGCUUCAUAAUUCACAUCUAGAUGUCACCGGUCUUUCCCAUGUUAACAGUUCUGACUAUGUUUUAUUAUAUGUGCCUUCGGCGCCGAGCCAGGACAGCUACAAGAGGAGAAAUGAUGAACAGCCAUAGAACUAUAGAAUCAAACAGCCGGACUUCCCCUCUCAAUGCAGAGGUGGUCCAAUAUGCCAAAGAAGUAGUGGAUUUCAGUUCCCAUUAUGGAAGCGAGAAUAGUAUGUCCUAUACCAUGUGGAAUUUGGCAGGUGUACCAAAUGUAUUCCCAAGUUCUGGUGACUUUACUCAGACUGCUGUGUUUCGAACUUAUGGAACGUGGUGGGAUCAGUGUCCUAGUGCUUCCUUGCCAUUCAAGAGGACACCGCAUAAUUUUCAGAGCCAAGACUAUGUGGAACUUACAUUUGAACAACAGGUAUAUCCUACAGCUGUUCAUGUUCUGGAAACCUAUCAUCCUGGAGCAGUCAUCAGAAUUUUGGCUUGUUCUGCAAAUCCAUAUUCUCCAAGUCCCCCAGCUGAAGUAAGAUGGGAGAUUCUUUGGUCAGAGAGACCUACGAAGGUGAAUGCUUCCCAGGCUCGCCAGUUUAAACCUUGUAUUAAGCAGAUAAAUUUUCCCACAAAUCUUAUUCGACUGGAAAUAAAUAGUUCUCUUCUGGAUUAUUACACUGAAUUAGAUGCAGUUGUGCUACAUGGUAUGAAGGACAAGCCAGUGCUUUCUCUCAAGACUUCACUUAUUGACAUGAAUGAUCUAGAAGAUGAUGACUACGAAGAAGAGGAUGGUUGUGGAAUGGACAAUCUUAACAAAAAAUUUAGCAGUACUGCCCUCAAGGAAGGGCCAAAUAAUGGAUAUUUUGAUAAAUUACCAUAUGAGCUUAUUCAACUGAUUCUGAACCAUCUUACACUACCAGACCUGUGUAGAUUAGCACAAACUUGCAAACUGCUACACCAGCAUUGCUGUGAUCCUCUACAGUAUAUCCACCUCAAUCUGCAGCCAUACUGGGCAAAGCUAAAUGACACUUCUCUGGAGUUCCUGCAGGCUCGAUGUACCCUUGUCCAGUGGCUUAAUUUAUCUUGGACUGGCAAUAGAGGCUUCAUCUCUGUUGCAGGAUUUAGCAGGUUUCUGAAGGUUUGUGGAUCUGAAUUAGUACGCCUUGAAUUAUCUUGCAGCCAUUUCCUUAAUGAAACUUGCUUGGAGGUUAUUUCUGAGAUGUGUCCAGAUCUACAAGAUUUAAAUCUCUCAUCCUGUGAUAAAUUACCACCUCAAGCAUUUAACCACAUUGCCAAGUUAUGCAGCCUUAAACGACUUGUUCUCUAUCGAACAAAAGUAGAGCAAACAGCACUGCUCAGCAUUUUGAACUUCUGUUCAGAGCUUCAGCACCUCAGUUUGGGCAGUUGUAUAAUGAUUGAAGAUUAUGAUGUGAUAGCUAGCAUGAUAGGAGCCAAGUGUAAAAAGCUCCGCACCCUGGAUCUAUGGAGAUGUAAGAAUAUUACUGAGAAUGGAAUAGCGGAAUUGGCUUCUGGAUGUCCACUUCUGGAGGAACUUGAUCUUGGCUGGUGUCCUACUCUGCAGAGCAGUACCAGGUGCUUCGCCAGAUUGGCACGCCAGCUCCCAAACUUGCAAAAACUAUUUCUUACAGCUAAUAGAUCUGUGUGUGACACAGAUAUAGAAGAACUUGCAUGUAAUUGUAUCAGAUUACGGCAACUGGACAUAUUAGGCUACAGUGAAUUCAGUGAUGUUCAGCAAUACGAUUUUCUCAUGUGGCUUACUGGCUCCUGUGAAUUGGUUGCUGUGGCUGCACUGCAGGGGUGGUCCAGGUUCACUCCAGCCAGGGCCUAGUCUGUACAUGAAGACUCUAUGUGGCCUAUACCCUUCUGUGGCAAAGGCUCUGAAGCAAGAGGAGUGGCAGAAAUAUGAAAGUGUUCCAAGUGGAUACAGUGCUCAAGUCUACUCAAAUUCUGUUGGCCAGAGAUUAUGUGGUCUAGUCAUUGACAGCAGAGCUUCUCUUCCUGUCAUUGUAAGUAACAUCAAAAGGUUUUGGGAACCUUUAAUUCUAGUCAAUAACACCUCAAGUACAAUAGUCUCCUACAAAUAUUUGAGCUCAUUAUAAGUAGCCAAAAUAUGUCUAAAUAAUAUGAAAGGAAAUAACAUCUUAUUUUUUUUAAUUACUGUAUGCUAACUGUGUGGGUUUAAGUUCUGAAUUUCUAGAAAGAUCAUCAUUCUUUGAAUUUUUGGGUGGUGGGGGGGGGAGAUUCUCCCAAAUAUCAGUAUCACCUAAUUCUGUAGGAAAUAAGCUUAAGUAGUAGAAAUGUCCCUGGGUCAUUGAUAGUACAGCAAUGGAAAUGAUAGGAGGAUAGAAGGAAAGCAAAAGUCACAAAAAAGUCUGGACUCUGCUACUUCUCAGCUGUUAUUUAACUUUGAGUUUCAAUUUCCUCAGAAGUUCUGUAAGUUUUCUAAGGUCAUUCUUACUAUAAAGCUCCAUUCUAAUGCUGUUUUAUUGUCAUAUCCUCCAAUUUUUAUUAUAGUUUAACUCACUGUUUUUCUUAGACUUUAGAAUAGAGUAAUGCAACUUUAGUUUUCCUUAAUUCGUAUCCCAUCUUAAUUAUUACAGGAUUUGAGAUAAGUAGUAUAUGAUCCUCCUUUGUUUUUAAUCUUAAUAUUGAACCUAGUUAGGCUUUAAAACAUUCAAAUCACUAAAAUGCUCUUUUGGUACUCAUGAAGUUUGCUUACAUCAUUAUAUGUAAGAACAACCUGGGAUAUUUUUUAAAAUGUAAAUUUCUAUCCCCAACCCUUGGAUAGUCUGAUACUAGAUAGAACCCUCAAAACUACAUUUUAAACAAAUACCCCAGAUGUCCAAAGUAGUCUAAGCUAUACAAACCCUAUAUGUUAUUUGGGUAAUAAUGAGAAAAAAAAUGCUAGAUGCUACAUAUCUUUAUUUGGACUUUAUAUUUUGUUUUCAUGAAUUUAUUUUUGCCACCACAUUUAGUGCAUCAGGCCUCUAUAAGUGAUGAAAUUUUGAUUAUUUAUGAUAUGGUUAGGAUAAGUGUCCUCCAAAAGAUCAUAUGUUUUACGGUUGUUUCCUAGGACUGCACCAUUUGGAAGUAAUUAAUCUUAAGAAUUGGGGUUUUGCUGAGUACAGUAGUACAUACCUCUAAUCCCAGCUACUUGGGGGGCUGAGACAGGAGGAUUGCAAAUUUAAGGCCAGCCUGGGCAGCUUUUUGAGACAAUGUCUCAAAAUAAAAUUUUCAAAAGGGCUUGGGAUGUAGCUCAGUGGGAGAGUGCUCCUGGAUUUAAUCCCAAAUAUGUAUCAUAAAAAGGUCUCAAGAUCAUUGGGCACAUGCCCUUCAAGAAUACUAUGGGACUCCAACCCUUUUAUUCUUCCUGUCUUCUAUUUCCUAGCUAUUAGGUAAAUGGUUUUGCUCCUUCCUUUUCUCCCACCAUGAUGUCCUGUCUCACCAUAGGCUCAAAGCUAUGGUGCCAAUCAGUCAUAUACUGGAACUUCCAAAGGAAGGAGAAAAAAAUAAACCUUUUCUCUUAAUCUCAGGUAUUUGUGUCAGUGAUGGAAAGCUGAUUAACACAAAUAUAAAAUUCAGAAGUAUGGGAACCAAAAUAACUUGUUACUUUGAAGUGAACGUGCUUUGAUUAGUAUUCACAUCCUCCCAGUGCACACAACAGAUGAUCAACCUCAGGAUGAACUACUACAAAAUAACAAUUAUUGUUGGAUUAUUACAUCCAGUCUCUCUGCUGCUUCCCCUGUAUCCUUAAAACCUAAUCUCUACAGCUAUUGUGCUCCUUUUUUAAGUAAUCAGAUAAUGUUGCUUAUAUGCUUAAAAUCCUUCAGAAUAAAAGUGAAGGUCCUUACCCUGGCUACUUGUAGGAUCUUACACCCUACCCUCUCACCUCUUCCACAACACAUCCUGCACACACACAUACCUCAGCUCUCUGCACCAGGAGGACCCUUGCUAGGAUGCACUUCUCCAUAUAUCCUCACUACUCCAACUCUCUCUUUCAAGUCUCUUUAAAUAUUGCCUAUGCUGAGAAGCCCAUAUUGACCUUUCAAAAUGAAAUAGCAUAUUCCCUUCCCCCAUUAAUCACUAUCCCUUGUAACCUGCCAUAUUUUAUACUAUUUAUGAUUAUUUGAUAUAUUGUGUAUUCAUAUGUAUCUACUGCUCUAUAAUUUUAAACACUGCAAGCACAAAGACUUUGUUUUGUACAUUACUGCCAAGGCUUAGAUUAGUACCUGGCACAUAGUAGAUACUCAAUAAAUUACAUAUAAGAGGUUAUGAGGGGAAUGGGAAAAAAAACAAGGAGAGAAAUGAAUUACAGUAGAUGGGGUAGAGAGAGAAGAUGGAAGGGGAGGGGAUGGGGGGAUAGUAGAGGAUAGGAAAGGUAGUAGAAUACAACAGUUACUAAUAUGGCAUUAUGUAAAAAUGUGGAUGUGUAACCGAUGUGAUUCUGCAAUCUGUAUUUGGGGUAAAAAUGGGAGUUCAUAACGCACUUGAAUCUAAUGUAUGAAAUAUGAUAUGUCAAGAGUUUUGUAAUGUUUUGAACAACCAAUAAAAAAAAAGUCAAUUCCCCUUGGA